UACGCAUCGCGGAGUCCAUUAGUGCAAUACGUUGUUGCGCCAGUGUUUACGUUCGUAAUAGCGAGAAACAUGGGGCUACAAGGAUGCUCGAAUAUAUAUAUGCUGAUCUUGCUACUGAGUGCAAUUACUGCAAUCAGUGUUCAGGCUGCGCCAAGUGGAAAUGAUACCAGCGAUAUCGAUUUUGAUAAUAAUAGUAAUGAUGAUUCUAAUACCAGCAUUAGCGAUGAUAAUAAUACAAGUGAUAGCAGUAUCGGUAUUAAGAAUGAUAAUGAAAAUAGUACUAAUGCCAGCACUGACGAUAAUAAAAAUAAUACUAGUAAUAACUCUGACGAUGCCAGCAACAAUAAUACAAGUGUCAAUAAUGGUACUAGCAGCAGCACGGACAGUGGUGCUACAGGUGAUGAUGUUAAAAAUGAUAUUUACAAUAUAACAUCAUGUGUAAUGCGUACAAAAGUUAUAGGAACUCUUGUAACACAAGUUAUUCAAUUUGUUAAGCUAGUUUUCAUUAUUGUGCCUGGUUUUCAAGAUAAUUUUCUAAAAUAUUACGAUGAUUUUUUUGCAUUUGUAGUGAACCUGAUAGUCUUAUUCAGCCAGACAUGUCAAACAAUUGUAAAACUUGCCGUACCAUUUUUACAAUUAAGUUUAAUCUUUAUGAGUUAGAAAGUACAUUAUUUAUAUGAAGAUUUUAACUUCAAAGUUAUUCAAUCUUGUCAAAUUAUCCAGCAAAUGUGCAAUAUUUAAAUAUUAUAUGUCGAAAUAAUUAAAUAUUUAUUUAUAUUUC